CGGGUCGGCGAGCGGCGAUGUCCGCAGUGCCGGCGCCGGCUGCGCCAGACGUGGGGUGACGCGGAAGCAGCGCGGCCGGGCCAGGGCAUGGAGCGGGCUGCCGCGCCCAGCGACAACAGAAGUCAACAGUAGAAAUCUGCCUCCUGUGGCUAACUUUUCAGGAACAACCUUAACAACAAACCAGUUAUGAUCUACUUUUAUAAGUGAGCUGCAUUGGCUGUUUGGAGUGAACAUACAAUAAUGAGUGGUGCAGCUUUGGGCAUUGAGAUAGUAUUUGUUUUUUUUCUGGCUUUAUUCCUACUUCACCGAUAUGGAGACUUUAAGAAACAGCAUAGGCUUGUACUUAUAGCAACAUUGUUGGCUUGGUAUCUCUGCUUUCUGAUUGUAUUUAUAUUGCCUCUGGAUGUUAGUACGACCAUAUAUAAUCGGUGCAAACUUGCUGUUAACUCCAGCCCUCCAGAAAGUAACAACAAUGGAACUUAUACUACCCCUGCUCCAAGGAAACAGAAGUGUUUCAAGCCAUGGAGUUACAUCCCUGAUGGAAUUAUGCCAAUCUUCUGGCGUGUAGUAUAUUGGACAUCACAGUUCUUAACAUGGAUUUUGUUACCUUUCAUGCAGUCAUAUGCUAGGUCAGGAGGAUUCUCCAUUACUGGGAAGAUUAAAACUGCAUUGAUAGAGAAUGCAAUCUAUUAUGGCACUUACUUGCUGAUUUUUGGAGCCUUUUUGAUAUAUGUGGCUGUAAACCCACAUUUCAAUUUGCAAUGGAACCAGCUUCAGACAAUUGGAAUAGCAGCUGCCAACACAUGGGGUCUUUUCCUCCUUGUGUUGUUGUUGGGGUAUGGUUUGGUAGAAAUUCCUCGUUCACACUGGAAUGGAGCAAAAAGGGGCUACCUUCUCAUGAAGACCUAUUUCAAGGCUGCCAAACUGAUGACUGAAAAAGCAGAUGCAGAGGAGAACUUGGAGGAUGUUAUGGAGGAAGUCCGUAAAGUAAAUGAGAGUAUCAAGUAUAAUCAUCCUUUGAGAAAAUGUAUUGAUACAAUAUUGAAAAAGUGUCCUACUGAGUAUCAGGAAAGGAUGGGCAGGAACAUGGAUGACUAUGAAGACUUUGAAGAAAAGCAGAACAGUUAUCCGAGUGAGAAAAGUCUGGUCAAACUUCACAAACAGGUGAUUUAUUCAGUUCAGAGACACCGUCGUACACAAGUCCAGUGGCAAAUUCUUUUAGAACAAGCAUUCUAUCUUGAGGAUGUGGCAAAAAAUGAAACCAGUGCAACUCGUCAGUUUGUACAUACUUUUCAAUCCCAGGAACCUGAAAACAGAAUUGUGCAAUACUUCUACACGCCAACUGUUGAGUGGUACUGGGAGUGUCUCCUGCGGCCAUGGUUUUGCAGGAUUCUUGCCAUUGUGUUGGCUGCUUUCUCUAUAAUUGUUGUGUGGUCAGAGUGCACAUUUUUCAGCACUAGGCCUGUUUUGUCCCUGUUUGCAGUGUUUAUACAACUGGCAGAAAGAACAUACAACUAUAUUUAUAUAGAGAUGGCUUGCUUCCUUACCAUCUUCUUCUUAAGUAUCUGUGUUUACUCUACUGUCUUCCGGAUCCGUGUGUUUAACUAUUAUUACUUAGCUUCCCACCAUCAAACAGAUGCAUACAGUCUCCUUUUCAGUGGCAUGUUAUUUUGCCGUCUUACUCCACCACUGUGUCUGAAUUUCUUGGGUUUGACUCACAUGGAUUCAUCAAUCUCUCACCAAAACACACAAGUAACUGCAUAUACAUCGAUAAUGGGCUCUAUGCGAGUGUUAUCCUUCAUUGCAGAUGGAUUUUAUAUAUACUAUCCAAUGCUGGUUGUCAUUCUCUGUAUUGCCACUUAUUUCAGUUUAGGAACUCGCUGUCUGAAUCUUCUGGGAUUCCAGCAGUUCAUGGGAGACAGUGAAAUGACUUCUGACUUAAUUGAUGAAGGAAAAGAAUUAAUCAGAAGAGAGAAAAGAAAACGGCAACGGCAAGAAGAAGGAGAAAACAGAAGAAGGGAAUGGAAAGAACGAUAUGGAAAUAGAGAAGAUUCUACCAGAAACAGAAAUGUUCACACAGAUCAAAAAGAAUCUAGUUUCUCAGAGCCCAGCACAAAUAGACCACUGUCUAAAUACACCAGGUCAAAUGGCAAGACUGAGAGGGAUAGAAUAGAACUUCUCCAAGAUGCAGAACCUUUGGAUUUUAAUGCAGAUACUAUUACUGAUGAUCCUCUUGAAUCAGACUCAGGAAGGUAUCAACCUGGUGGAAGGUAUUUGUCAAUGUCACGAAGUAGAAUAUUUGAUGACGUCUAAAUCCAAUAGUGCUUCAGAAAACUUAAUGGAAAUAAGUCUCUCAUUCAUUAUUUGAAAAAUACUGUAAUUGUACCAUAUCUUUGAACCAAAAAUGCCCUCUCCUUUCAACAAAUAAGGGAAGAAUGAAGGAACAAACAAACAUUUUAUAAUCCACCUUGAAUAACUUUACCAGUCUACAAUGAACAAGAAUAUGCUUCUCCUGUUAACAGGUAUUACACAUCUGUGUGGUAGGUUGUUUUUCUCCCCUGCCAUAACUAGGAUGACAGAAAUCAAUUUCUCUUAAGUGAUAGAGUAGACUACAUUUUAUAUGUACAAAUAGGGCUCGAUUUACACUUUUAUGUCAAAUUUUACUGCUAAUUUUUCCUUUCUUGAAAUAAGGAAUUGAUGAGAUACUCUGAGAGAAAUCUAAUGCAUCCUAAGUGCAGUUAUAUCAAUUACUGUAGUAAAUACCCUGGAACAGCUGUCUGUUUGAACAUUAAGCCUCAUCCAAGGUCCACUGAAAUCAAUGAGAAAUCUGCUAUUGACUUCAAUGUCCUUUGAAUUAGGCCUUUUAUGAGUGUGAGAGAUUGAAUGGUAAUUUUGUACAAAACACAGUAGCAUAAGAUGUGAAGGGGCUUGUAUAUCAGUCAUAGGACUUAGACAUUUUUUUUCCUCUUUCAACACUACCUGCAGAUGGCAUCGGCAUAUGUAAAUAAUUCAGAUUCAAUAUAGACAGGUACUUUCAUUAUCACUGUCAUAUAAGCAUGUGUGCAAUAGCAGGAAUGCAUCCUCCGGGUAUGGUGGCUGUUUGAGAUAUUUUGUUUACAGUAGUAAGAUGAAAAUCUUGGCACAUUGGUCUUGUAGGUAUAAACAUAUUUAAUGUGAAAUUUGAAUAAAAUUUUAAAUGUUACAAUUUUGCACUUAUUUAUAGUACAGUUUAAAACACUGAAGCUUCACUUUGAAAUAAGUGAACAAUGUAGUGUGACUAGUUAUUGGUAAAUAUUUUUGACAUCCCAACUCUACUGCCUUGUAUAAGGUAUCUGUCCUUUGAGGUGCCUGUGUUUUACAGUAAGUAGUCUGUCUGUCUG